GAUUGAGAAGGGCCAAUUUUCGGGAGUGACUGGCUUCGUUGCCCAGACUUUGUCACGGAUUGCCCUUUGUGUGAAGAACGAGAUUGCAGAGGAGCAACAUCGACGGGAGGAAAAUGCCAAUGAAGUUCCUCAGGAAUUUACGGAAACAUCGGAGUCUUUGGAGAUGAUCCGUGACGGACUCUCUGAUGUGCGCUUUAUUCAAGCUGCAGAUGGGACUUGGCAACCACUGAAGAGGUAUCAGUUCAUCCUGUUGGGACCACAAGAAUCACAGAAAGCCAUGAUGAAAGGUUGGCCUUCUGAUGCCCUGCGCUUUGUUGCAGACCCACCGAAAGGUGUAAACCCAGCAGCACGUCGCAGCAUUGUUGAUCUCAUGCGCCGCCUCGGAAUGAGAGACUCGCCCACUUUGCUAAAGCGAGCCUCCUUUGUGCCCUUGGAGGCAACUGGUGGCUUUGACUUUCUGAGAAAGGAUUGGGUAAAGGCAGUUCGCGUGAUUCGGGACAGCUCAGAGAGAUUGAAAGAUGACCUAUCCUCUUGGGCUCUUUUUGAAGAGAUCGAGAGGGUUGUUGAAGACGACCUCCGCAUAGAGGAAGUACAAAAGCUCUCACUCGACCAGGUCCUGGUCAUCGAUGGAGACCGGGCAAAAGAAGCUGACAUCGACACAUUGGAUGCAUAUAAGGGUAUGCCUCGCUCGCUGCUGGAGUUCAAGCCUGAUGGAGGCAGUGCGGUGCCCAUAGCCAGGAUCAAGGCCCUGUCUGCAGAACCUUUUUUCGUGGGCCACAAGGAUGGAAAGUUGUUCCUGGCCUUCCUGCCGGGUCAGCUGGUGAUGAACAACAUCAGCGAAAAACUCGCAAAGGCGUUGCUGUGGAUUGCAGUGAAGAAGCUUUCACCUGAAGAUCAAGCACAGUUUCGGAAAAGCGACUACGGGUUCACAGACAAAGCAAGAACCUUCGUGGGCCAGCUACGGAUGGCGAUUCAAGCGACUAAAGCUGAAACAGGCUCCAGUUCAGAUGAACGAGGCUACAAGGAUCAGAGCCCGCAUGCCGUGGCGCCGGUGACUAGUCAGUUUGAGGAGGACAUGGUCGUUCCCAUGGAGCAGCUUGAAAAGUUUUUGACACUUCAAGAGGAAUUCAAGGACUUAGAGGAUGAAGACUACUACGAAUCCUGGGGAAGUGGUGUAGAUGACUUGACAGAUGAACCUGAUCCAGAUGAAGGUGACAUUUCAGCCGUGGAGGACUUGCUGGAGCAUGCGGAGUAUGCGCUGAACUACAGGCGGCAGCGACAAAAGAGCAAAAAGCAGCCGGGCCAGCAGACGCCUGAAGGACCCGAGGUGCAGAGCCAACUGGACACAUUGCACGAAACGCUGCUGUCCCCAAACCUGCCAUACUACGUUGCCGAGAGUCGCAGCAAUUAUGAAGGGAAGAUCACAAAUCGAGCAAGUGAACAGAAGGUGAAGGGCAAGGAGAUGCAGACAGAAUCUGACCGCAGAGCAGCUAAGGAUCCCAGAGACCUGGACAAGUUGAGCCGUUCACGCCCGAAGGAUUUCAAUUUCAGCACCCUCCCGGCUUUUGUCCCAGACAAGGUCGGCGAGCCUUCUGUGUGUUCCUUUGACAUCAAGCUCUCGAGCACAUCGAUCCCACUCAGAGGGGGAGAUGGUCAGGAUCAAGGCAAUAAAGAGGCGGUCGGAAGAAAUGGAGAGAGGAUCGCCCAGCUUUGCUUGAAAAGUGAAGGCUAUCAGGUUUUAUGGCUAAAUGACAAGGAGGAACUUGGGCUGCCCUUUGACUUGUUGAUUCGAAAGAGUGGCGAUUUCGCUUCCCUUUGUGGGGAGAAAGGAGUUGUGGACAAAGCUCAAGUCGUGGAGCUUCUGCGCAAGGCCGAAGCAGGACAAGAAGGGGAGGUUCGGUUUGUGGAGGUCAAAUCCACAUCGGGAGGAAGUGCCGACGACGGGAGCAUUUGUGACAUUACCAUCAACGAAGUGGCUUCUAUGGGGAAGUUAGGAGAACAAUUUUGGCUUUUGCGGACUCUUCAAGUUCCCACAGGCCCCAACGAUGAUUCAGAGGCCAAGGUGCCAUGGUGCUUGGUUCAUGGUGCUGCGUCCACGUUGUGGCAGUGA